AUGGCGUCGUACGCUAGCAUCUUGCGCGAUAUGCUGCGCCCCACAUCGACGCCGGCACCGCACUGGGACCCGACCACGUCGAUGCCCCUGCUAGCCGACCGCAUCGUGAUCCUCACCGGCCCCACCUCGGGCAUCGGCUACGAGACGCUGCGCCAGCUCAUCCUCUCGUCUGCACACGUCUACCUGUUCGGGCGCUCGCUCCCGCGUCUGCAGCACACGCGCGAUACGAUCGCCGCCGAAUGCGCGGCCGCUCUGACGGCGUGUCCACCGGAGAGCCCGCGCCACGGCGCGCAGCCGGGACGCAUGAGUCUCGUCGAGUGCGAUCUAUCGGACCUGCUCAGCAUCCAGAAGGCGGCGAAGGAGUUUUUGGAGAGAGAGCAGAAGGUGGAUCUGGUGUUUGGAAAUGCGGGGGUGAUGGUGGCGGGGGAGACGGUGCAGGGGUACGAGAUGAUGUUUGGCACCAAUGUGUUGGGGCAUCAUGCGCUGUUGCGGCUGCUGCUCCCCGCACUCCAGCGCUCGGCGUCGGACCGCAACUCGACCACCACCGGCGAGACACGCAUCAUCCUCACCGCAUCCAACACACACCACUGGGUCGACCAUCCUUCGCACCUCGACCUCUCGCCGGACGCCACCAACCCCACGCUCGGCCACAUCCACCUCUACGGCCGCAGCAAGCUCGGCAACAUCUACACGACUGCGCACCUCGCACGCCUCUCAACCACGCACCGCUGGGGGAUGACCAUCUGCUCGGUCCACCCGGGCGGGGUCAAGUCGCAGCUCGGCUCGCGAAACCGGCUGCUGACGAGCAUCAAGAACCUGUUUCUAGUGCCCGCGACGCUGGGCGCGGUGACGCAGCUGUGGGGCGGCACCGCGGCGGAUAGCAACGAGGUGCAUGGCCGCUUCUUGGUGCCGUAUGCGCGCGUGGGCACCGAGAGCGAGCUCGCGCGCAAUCUAGACGUCGAGCGCAACGUGUGGGCCUGGUGCGAGCAGCAGUGUGUCAAGCAUGGCUUGAUCAACGAGCAUGAGGUCAUGGCGUAG